UCCCCUCCCUCCUCCUCCUCUUUCUCCUCCUCCCCUUCCUCCUCUCUUCCCAUCCACACAUGGUGGAUUCCGCCCACUGCACCACCGCCGCCGCCGCCAAAACCUUCCAAAAAUGCAUGACACUACCUUCCCAACAAGCAUCCAUAGCAUGGACCUUCCACCCGCACAAUGCCACCCUUGACCUAGUCUUUUUCGGCACCUUCAUAUCGCCCUCCGGUUGGGUUGCAUGGGGCAUAAACCCUAGCUCAGCUGAAAUGACCGGAACACGUGCCCUAAUCGCCUUCCCGGACCCCAACUCCGGUCAACUAGUCCUACUACCCUACAUCCUAGACCCUACUGUGAAGCUCCAGCGGGGCCCACUCCUCUCGCGCCCCCUUGACAUCCACCUCCACUCUUCCUCUGCUACCCUGUACGGUGGCAAGUUAGCCACCGUACACGACGGUGCCUCUAUCCAAAUCUAUGCCACACUAAAACUAGUACCAAACAAGACCAAAAUCCAUCAUGUUUGGAACCGUGGACUCUACGUCCAGGGUUACUCACCUACCAUUCAUCCAACCACCAUUAAUGACUUGUCCUCUAUUGCAACAAUCGAUCUACUGUCCGGCUCUCAAUCAAAAGAAAACAAUAAUAUUCAGACAUUAAAAGUCGCUCAUGGCAUCAUCAAUGGCGUCUCAUGGGGAAUUUUACUACCCAUUGGAGCAGUCACAGCACGGUACCUUCGACACUUUCAAACCCUCGGGCCUGCAUGGUUCUAUGCUCAUGCUGGUGUCCAACUCAUGGCAUUUUUCUUAGGAACUGUAGGGUUUGCAAUCGGAAUUCACCUCGGGGAGCUUUCUCCAGGGAGGGUUUAUGGGCUGCACCGGAAGCUUGGGUUCGCAGCAUUUUGCUUGGGGAGUUUGCAGACACUGGCAUUGCUGUUUAGGCCUAAAACUACAAAUAAGUUCAGGAAGUAUUGGAAAUCAUACCACCAUUUUGUUGGAUAUGCUUGUGUGGUGAUUGGGGUUGUGAAUGUUUUUCAGGGCUUUGAAGUGAUGGGAGAGGGAAGAUCUUAUGCAAAGUUGGGGUAUUGUUUGAGUCUGUCUACUUUGAUUGGUGUGUGUGUCGCAAUGGAAGUGAAUGCUUGGGUGGUUUUUUGCAGGAAAGCUAAGGAAGAGAAGUUGAGGAGAGAAGGGCUGAUUGGGGGGUCUGAAAAAGCAAGUGGGUCAAGCCAUAGUUGAGUGAUUUGUAGAGAAAUUAUAAUUUUUUUUUACGUAACCCCAUCAAUUGAGGUGGGACAUGCACAUUUAGUAAGACCGGCCUUAUGUUAGAGUGUUAUGUUUAAUUUUAUCUUUGCUGCACUUACAAUUUUUUUUUUUUUUUCAAAAAUUUUGAGAAUGUGUUGUAAGUGAAGUGAAGUUUCUGAUCAAAAAAAGUGAAGUGAAGUUCGGUAGAUGAUUAAGAUGGUGUGUUAAGGAGGCUAAUAUUCCUUUCAAGUAUAUGAUGAAAAAAACCAUGUUAUUAAAACAUUUUUUUUUUUU